AUGGAUUUAUUUUCGUGCUAUUAUCACAUCUUGAGAUAUUUAGAACGUGACUCACUCCUCGAACACAUUAGACAUCAACUAAUCAGAAGUUUCUGCACUAAGAGACGUCCUGUUUGCAGUGUGAAUUUACAACUUAUCCUUCACGAGUUGGUUCAAGAGCUAGGAAGUUUCUCACUCGUAUUACUUAGAAAAGUUUCUAAGUUUGAGAGAAUGCUUCAAGAGAUAGUAUUUUGUCUUGCAAUUGAAGUUGACGUACUCUGUGAUGUUGAUGACAUAAACUCGAUUUUGAUAAAAAUAAACUUCAGCGACAUUUUAUGCAUUCCAGAACUUAUAUAUAAUAACUGCAGGUUUAUGUAUGACCAUCUGACUUUCUUAGAAGGUGUUGUAAUAGGAAUAACACCUGUCCGUGUGUCUACAGAAUCAGUUCUUUACACAUGUCCCGACAAUUUAUGCCCAGGAAAAUCUACAUUUCUUGUCAAAAAUAGAAGUUAUUCCUCCAGUUUUCUAAAGAGAUUCCGCUGUAAAUUCUGCAAUAUGGAGGUGACAGAGGAAGUUGAGAAGAGAUUAUUGUCAGAAACGGUGGAGUUUCUCUUACUUCCAAACCAAGAAGAGAAUCCGAGAACUGUUACUAGCCAUUUCAAACCAAACAGAAGCAUCAAAUGUGUCGUUUUUGACAAGCUAAUUCGCAAACUUUCGUUUGGAAGGCGAUGCUUCAUUUCUGGUGUUCCAUUUCUAAACAAAACUGGUCAGUCAUGUCAGUGGCAGUUCAAAGUUUAUGGUAUUGUAGACUUAACGGUGAAUCCUAUGGAUCCGUGGAAAUGUGCUUUAAGUACUAUCGUCAACAGUUUACCUAGUUAUGUUUCUGAAUAUGAAUUCGGUAUUGCAUUCACAUUUGCAUUCAUGUUUUUGGAUAAAAUUACCAAAGCAGGCACCUUUUUCUUAUUAAAAUGGUUACUACUCCUACUUCUAGUUCAAAAUGAAUUCACAGAGCUGAAAAAGGAAGAUGCCUCGUUUUUACAAACCACAUGUAGGCCUCCAGCUCUACUUUUAUUAGGAUCGUUGGGUGACAGCUUGCCAAAUAAAAUACUACGAGCUGCAGGAGAAUUCACUAAGCCAUUUUGUGAGCACAAAGCUGGUGGCAGUUUACUUCCAACAUCCUUCGAAAUAGACUCAAGCGGAUCCAAGAAACCAAAAGUGAAAGGUUUAAAAAAGGUUAUUAAACAAGAGAAAGCUUUUCAGAACAAGACCAUAGAACUAGACAAGUCAUGCUCGAGUACUGAUAACAUAGUUAUGUGUGGAACCAUAGAACUAGCUUCAGGUGGGAUAGCGUUUUUCCCAAAUUUGGAACUUUACAAAAAGAAAGAGUUAACAAACCUUAUUUAUGCUUUAGAGAAUAUGACGGUGGGUGUCUCAACUUCAGAGCAUGAAACCAAAUCGCCUAUUAUCCAUGAAGUUGUUGAUGAACUACGCUAUCCAAAUGAAACCACUAUUUGGGCCAGUGCUGAAGUUAACCCAGCGAACAGAAAAAAACUAAAGGAAUCCGCCCUCAAAUGUUCACAAAAUGAUUUAUUUGUUGUGGAUUAUUUUUUAGAAACGAUAGAGAGAAACUGGACAUGUAGUUCUUUGCUACGUAAAGGGAAUUUAAGAGAAAUUACUCAUGCAUUCGACCUCGUUGUUGAUACUGAAGUAGCUGCGGGGCCGAUUGAAGUCGUGGACAGAUCACUAGCAAAUUUCUGUUUCGCAACCCAUGGUGAAUUCAGAUUGGAAGAAGCUUCAUCAAGGAUACCUCAGCUUUCAGAUAUGAAGAUAUAUACAAGUCUUUUAGAUGCUUGUAGAAAUGCACCUCCUGUCAAGAUCGAUGAGAACACUAGUCAGUUGCUGAAAGUUUACUACUUAGCAAUGAGACGCUUGUCAAUUCAAGACCAACAAACGGCCCCAGCUUCUGCAUUACCUACAUUAUUUAAAUUAGCUAAGGCUAAUGCCAAAAUCAACGGGCGUAUUGUCGGAAAGGAAGUUGAUGCUAUCGUUGCAAUUUACAUCUAUGACACAUUUAUCGAGCACCAAACAGGUAGAAACUAUCUUGGGUCAAAAUCGUUUCAUUACGUCCCAGGAAUGCAGCAAGACUCAAUGGAAGAGCUAAACGCUACACUGAUAUUAAUCAGCAAACAACUGAAGGAUUUAAUAAGUGUCGCCGUGGAUGAACUGUAA